AGAAACGAUGAAGCAGUGCAGACAUUAGACCAACAACAUCAAAACAUCUGACAGAAAUCAGCCGCGCAGCUUUAUUUACUUAUUAUUCAGCCGGCAAUGCAAGCGGACGACGCCAGAUAUUUAAAACGGAAAUAUAAGGGUGGUAGUUUAGAUGUCCACCCCACAGAAAAAGCCCUGGUUGUCCAGUAUGAAGUGGAAGCCACGAUCUUGGGUGAGAUGGGAGACCCAAUGCUGGGAGAACGCAAGGAGUGCCAGAAGAUAAUCCGUCUGAAAAGCCUGAACUCUAACACGGACAUUGCAUCGUUAGCAAGAAAGGUCGUGGAGGAAUGUAGACUCAUUUCCCCCUCCAGACUUCCUGAGGUGGAACAGCUAUUGUUCUACCUGCAGAACCGCAAAAAAUCUGCUGAAAAGAAAGAGAAGAAACAAAUCAAGCCAAGAGAUCUGACUCCUUUUGAGGGCAUGGAGUUGGAAGAGGAGGCCAACAUUAAUAACAUAGAUGACUAUGUUGAGCUCCUGUAUGAAGACAUCCCUGAAAAGAUCAGAGGAGCUACACUUAUACUUCAUUUGGCCCGUAAUCCUGACAACCUGGAGGAGUUGCUGCAGAACGAGACGGCUCUAGGCGCGCUGGCCCGGGUCUUGAGGGAGGACUGGAAGCAGAGUGUCGAUUUGGCAACCACCAUCAUCUACAUCUUCUUCUGCUUCUCCAGUUUCUCGCAGUUCCACGGUCUGAUCACUCACUACAAGAUUGGCGCUCUGUGCAUGAGCAUAAUUGAGCAUGAGCUGAAGCGCUAUGACCUAUGGCAGGAUGAACUGCAGAAGAAAAAGAAGGCUGGGGAUGAUGACCCAGACAAUCAGAAUCUGAAGAAAGAGUACGAGAAAGCCCUGAAGAAGUAUCAUGGACUGCUGACGAAACAGGAGCAGCUUUUAAGAGUGGCUCUGUACCUGCUUCUGAAUCUGUCUGAGGAUACUCGCACAGAGCUGAAGAUGAGGAACAAGAACAUUGUCCACCUUCUGGUGAAAACGCUAGACAGAGAUAGCGAGGAGCUUCUGGUGCUGGUGGUGUCCUUCCUCAAAAAACUCAGCAUCUUCUUAGAGAAUAAGAAUGACAUGGCUGAAGUAGAUACAGUGGAGAAGCUGGCCAAACUGGUGCCCUGUGAACAUGAAGAUCUGCUGAAUGUCACUCUUCGCCUGCUCCUCAAUCUGUCUUUUGAUACCAGCCUCCGCAGCAAGAUGGUGCAGGCGGACCUCCUGCCUAAACUCACCUCAAUGCUAGGAGACGAAGCGCAGAGACAGAUUGCCAUGCGCAUUCUCUACCACAUCAGCAUGGAUGACCGUUUCAAGUCCAUGUUUGCCUACACAGACUGCAUUCCACAGGUAAUGAAGAUGUUGUUUGACUGUGGUGAGGAGAGGAUUGAUGCUGAGCUCAUUUCCUUCUGCAUCAACCUGGCUGCCAACAGGAGGAACACCCAGAUCAUGUGUGAAGGCAACGGUCUGAAGAUGCUGAUGAAGAGAGCACUUAAGCUAAAGGAUCCUCUGAUGAUGAAGAUGAUUCGUAAUAUAUCUCAGCAUGAUGGACCGUCAAAAAAUCUUUUCAUUGAUUAUGUUGGUGACCUGGCGGCUCAGAUUGGACUGAAGGAAGAAGAGGAGUUUGUGAUUGAGUGCUUGGGAACGCUUUCCAAUCUUACCAUUCCUGAUCUUGACUGGGAACUUGUGCUAAAGGAGUACAACCUGGUGCCUUAUCUCAAAGACCACCUCAAACCUGGCUCCGCAGAGGAUGAUCUCAUUCUGGAGGUGGUAAUCAUGAUUGGCACUGUAUCCAUGGAUGACUCUUGUGCCGUAAUGUUGGCCAAAUCAGGCAUCAUUCCUGCUCUAAUAGAACUGCUGAAUGCCCAGCAAGAAGAUGAUGAGUUUGUCUGUCAGAUCGUGUACGUCUUUUACCAAAUGGUGUUUCACCAAGCCACACGAGAUGUCAUCAUAAAAGAAACGCAGGCUCCAGCAUAUCUCAUUGACCUGAUGCAUGACAAAAAUGCAGAAAUACGCAAAGUGUGUGACAAUACGUUGGACAUCAUUGCUGAAUAUGACGUGGAGUGGGGCAAGAAGAUCCAAAGUGAGAAGUUUCGUUGGCAUAACUCACAGUGGCUUGAGAUGGUGGAGAACCGGCAGAUGGAUGAGGCAGAGCCUUUUAUGUAUGGAGAUGAUGGAGAGCCUUUCCUCCAAAAUGGUGACAUCCUGGAACGGCCAGACCUCUUCUACAGUGCAGAUGGAAUAAUCCCAGCAGAUGGUGCCAUCAGUCCAGAGUUCUUCACCGACUAUCAGAAUGGAGACCUAUUAGGACAGCAGGGCUUCCCCAGCAGUUCUUUGACAGACGGUUAUGGACAGACCGGCGUGAAUUCAGCACGUCCCGCCACAGCUUAUGGCUUUCGACCUGAUGAGCAGUUUUAUUAUGGUCAUACCGCAUCACGGUAGGAGAGUCAGGAACACCUAAAACCGCUGAAAACCAAUUAAAUGGAUCUCAAAUAAUACUAGUUAGCUCUCUCUAUCAUUUCAAGUGAAAGCGACACUACUGAUUUCCUUCAUCGUCAGUAUUUCUUUCUCUAAAAUAUGUGAGUAUUUAUUAUUUAUUUCACGUCUGAAUGUGUUUUAAGCAGAAUGUUCUCAACCAAGCUUAUUUUGCAGCCCUCGUUUUGAGCAUAGAUGGUGUAGUUUCAGCUUUAACUUACUGUGUAUUGCUUGUAAACACUGGGGAAACUAAUUGCCUUUUCUGUGCAAUAUAGCAAAAGUAGGAUAUCAGUUGCAUGCUCUUUCAGUGAGUUAAGUUACAGUAUGAGCAUUAGAAAACCAAUGUGUACAUUAAAUCUGUUUAUCUGCAUGACAUUGGAUCAAACAAGUAUUGUACAAGUCACAAAUGUACAAUUGUCAACAUUUCUUCUACUUCAUGUUGUUUCAAAUCUCAUCUUUGGAAAACAAAUAGAGUCUAAACAUAUAAUAUCAAAGCUUUCAUGAAGAAUUCAUUGAUGCUUGAAAACAUUCAUAAGCAGCAGUUUAAUCCAGGUCUUCUGAGGGGACACAAUUGCUUCAUGUGAUAAACUUGUAUCUUUGUAGAUUUGUAACAACAGCAGGAUGAGCAAAUAAUGACAUCAUUUUCAUUUUGCUUAAAUUUUGCAUAUGUUUACAUACACUGACUGACCAUAAACGUCAUUUCAAUGAUAGUGGGGCCCCACUGUGGUCUCCCUAUGAAAUUGCAACAGGUUUAAGUGCGUUUUAGAUACAGCAGGUCUUAAAUGCAUCGCAUCAUAGUGACAACGGGAACAAAAACUUUCUACACUAAUGUGAUUGUGCAAAACAAUGUUGCCUGUUAUUUUGCCUUUGAUACUGUACACAUCUUGGCUUAUUAUGGUGCACUGCUAUCUACUUCACACGCAUUUUGUAAUGUAGCCAAACUCAAGUGUUCUUUCGAUGUGCAUUUUAGUAUUUAUGAUACUGAGUUUCAUUAGUGCCUGGGAAUUUUGUCGUAAUUGCUGUUUUAUAUAAAAUGCCUUUUUAUUUAAUGUGGUGCAAUAUCAAAUACAAAGAAAAACAUGUGU